AGUCUGUACUCCGGUCCCUGCAUGGCAGCGGGAUUGCUAGGGAGACGAGGGAAUCCCCGGGUGUCGCCUCACUCCUGAUCAAUUUGCAUCAGCGUUACCAAGCUUGGUUGUCUGUCUCAGUCUGCCUGUUCCAUUCGCCGCGUCCACAAGCAUGGCUUGGAGUGAAGUAUAGCGCAACAUCAUCUCGGAUUGUCAACCGGUGUAAAAUAGGCUACAUAACCCAUGCUGAAACAACUUGUGUAUUUUAUAGAAUACAUUCAUCAGAAGAACCACGUAUAUUUUCAUUGAUGAGGCAACCACCAAGUGACUUCGAUAAUAUGGCAUUGAGCGGGACGCUUUUGCCAUCAAUAUCCACAUUUGCAAGCGGCCCGACUGUCAAGAAUAAAUCCAUGGGACAUGCGAAUUUGAGAUGGAAGGAGGAGCUGUCCCACCUGAAGAGGAGCAGCUGUUCUGACCAGGACAUCUCAACUGGAAUGGCCAAGAAAGAACCUGAAGAUCUGGACCUACUGGACUACGACUUUAUCCUGUCCAACACUAUGCUACAACAGCAACAGCAGGAACAACAACAGCAGGCUGAGGCUAUGGCAGCGAGCGGGUCCCAGAACCUGUCCCCUUCCCCGGGCUCCUACUCCUCCUACCAGCUCCCAUCUCCCCAGGACUCUGCUCACAGUGACAUGCUGUACACUAUCCCUGAUAUCAGCGACGUAUCCCCUUCUGGGGGGUUCGUAGCGGAGCUGAUGAGGCCUGAACUGGACACGGCGUACCUCCAUCCCACCAGCCUGCAUGGAAAGUUUGUGGUGAAGUCCACCAUGGAUAUGGCAGAGGUUGGCCACAGCAUUAAUGUGAGUAGUAAGGCUGGUGUUGGUGUUGGCGCUACCACGGACCCCUCCUCCUCGUUGCCAUUUAUUUGCCAUAGAAUAAAGCAGGAGAACCCCAGCACGUGCACCAUCACCCGGCCCAUGGACCUCCACCUUGGGGGGAUGAACUCACACUCCCAGCCCAGGGCUGGUCAGAGGCCCCACCUCGACCCACACGGUUUCCCCCCAGGGGGGCGCCCUAUGACUGCCAGCCGAUCAGCCUCAUCUCUGUCUCCGGACCACACACUGGCCAGGGACCACCACCCCUCCAGCCAGGUGUUAACCCACCCCCAAAUCCCCCUGCCCAGUCCGGGCUACCACCACACCUCUCCGACAGGUUACUCUCCCUUCCCACAGCAGCAUGGGUCUCUACAGUACCAAGAGCUCAUGUCCCCCGGUGGAGACAGUCUACCAGAGGAGCCCAAACCCAAACGUGGUCGGCGCUCAUGGCCUAGGAAGAGGAUUGCCACACACACGUGUGACUAUGCCGGCUGUGGAAAAACCUAUACCAAGAGCUCCCACCUCAAGGCACAUCACCGAACACACACAGGAGAGAAGCCUUAUCACUGUGACUGGGAGGGCUGCGGCUGGAAGUUUGCCCGUUCGGAUGAGCUCACACGGCACUACAGGAAACACACCGGGCAUCGCCCAUUCCAAUGUGCCAAGUGUGACAGGGCCUUCUCAAGGUCCGACCACCUGGCACUACACAUGAAGAGACACCUAUGAGACAGUCACUGGACUCACUGGACGCCAUGGACCAAGACUUAACCCUCCCGUUGUCCUAGGGUCAAAAUGACCCGCCAC